UGAAAGGUACUGCGCAGCAGCCAAUCAUGUAGCAGCAAAGAGAGUCUCGCGUAGAAUACGAGUGGGAUUCGUAAUAACGCUAGGCUAGCUAGUGUACCGUAUUAUUCCCUUGCAGUAUUAGUUUUCUGUAUUUUCUCUUGUGAUAGUUUUGUUUGGAUGGGGGCUCACGGCCUUUUAGGAAACGAGCCCGAGUCUAUCGACUACACCGUUCACGAAGCUUGGAAUGAGGCGACCAAUGUUUACCUGCUGGUUAUCCUGGUUAGCUUCGGCCUGCUUAUGUACGCCAGGAAAAAUAAGCGGAAGAUCAUGCGGAUCUUCUCCCUGCCUCCUACCGUUGGGAGCAGCCCGGAGCCAAACUUCUACGACAGCCUGCAGAAAGUCCGCCUGAGACAACAGCUGGAAAUGUACUCUCUAGCUAGGAAAUAUGAUCAGCAACAGCAUCAGAGCCAAGCAGACAGUGUCCAGCUUUCCAUGGAAUGAGGGGUCUUCUCUGGACAGAACCCAACAGAUGAAUUCCUUUAUAAUGGCCAGCUUUUUUCUGCAUGAAGAUGAUCCACCCUGAUGGAGAUGUUUAGGUGUAGAAGAAGCAUCUAAAGAUGAGUAACACGGACUUGAGAGGAUAUAGUUGUCUCUUCUCGGACUUUGUCAUGCAGAGUACAAAAUUGAAGAAAUUUCCCGUCAACUUAUUAAAUGUGCUUUAUGUUGUAGAAUGAAAUGUUUUCAAUUGAAAUAAACGUGUUUUAUUUAGUAAAACAUCCAUUAUAAAUUUUUUUUUUUUUUUUUUUUUUACAAAUCCAGGUCCCUUAUUUUUUACAUCUUAAUGACUAGAUUUGUUCUGCGAUCACAUUGUUUUGAUCACUCAAGUGAGAUGAGUCUUUUAGGACAUGAUGAUAUUUGGUUUCGAAACAUCUUUGAACGAUUGUUUGUCAAAUGACCAACAGCAACAACAACUGAGCUCGUCAAAGUGGUCUGCGAGGGCAGGCCCGAACGUCAGCAGCCGAGAGCGAGCUCGAGUAAUGGGACCUCCAAUCUCGGAGGAAGAGUUCUUCUGCUUGGCUCUGCAGAGUCCGUUGGCCUGGUUUGACCUCAGAGUCGGUCUGGUUCACCACCAAACUCACUCCCGCGGUCUGGGUGAAGUAGUUCUCGGACCAGUUGGAUGUGCCUAUCCGCAGAAAAACAUUUCAUUAGUGUAAUCCACAGGAAUGGCUGUGUUAAAAGUAGGAGUAACACUGACCAAUAUAAAGAACUCUCUCUGUGACCAUGUACUUGGCGUGGUUGACCCGCGCAAAGGGGAUCUUCAUCUGCUCCUCUGUUGAAGGCACUGUGAAAAUUUUCUGCAUAUACAAAAAAAAAAACAGCUUCAACUUUGAUUGCGAUAUUCAAUGGACGUCUGCUUCUGGUAAAGAAUCUGUGUUCAAUUCCUACGAGACUACAGAAUUAAUUUCGAUUACACACCACUUCAAUGUCACAUUUAAUGGAAGGCCUGUUAAGAACCAGCAGCGAUUGCAGGAAGGUGAACAUGGCGGCAGGCGAGUUGUCCCAACAGCUAACCAGGAGACGGACUUUCACGCCUCGGGUGCAGGCUGCUGCACGCAGGGCAUUGUCGAUGGUGGGCCAGAACCUGAGAACGGGACACAGAAUUUAAAUGUGGGACACACUGGUGCACUAAUUGUCUGGUAUCGAAAUCUUAAGGCGCAGUGGUGUCAAACUGGUUGUGGCGGGCCACAUCUUCGUUUUGGUUUCCUUCAGCCAACUACGGCUGAUGCGAUGAUUGAACUCAUCAACUAAUCGGUAAUCAAAUUAAACUAUUCUGAAAGCUGCUGAAUCUUUUAGAGAAAUUGUUGACCUCACAAUUGUCUAAAUCCUCUUUUUUAAGCCUCUUAACCCUUCACAAGGCAUGUGACUAUUUGUAGUAAUCUAAGAAAAUACAGUUUACAACCCAUUAAGUUCUCAUACACAUUUUGGGACAAAAACAUUUGAUCUACUAAUGUGGCCAACAUGACCCAUGUGAUGUCCACAUAUGUGGACGCCACGUCCUAGUUAAAAUGUUACAACAACAAAAAAAAGACAUGGCGGAAAACACAGACAAGGCUGAAAAAGCAGUUUCUGCUCCUGCACCCAUCUUUUAAAUUGCUGUAUUUUAAGCCGAAAGAGCUGCUAUGUAUGAUAGAACAAUAUGUCUAUAUGCUGCCAUAGCAGUUUCUUGGCGAAUUAAGCCCCUAAACUAUUUUUAAUUUGUCUGUUUUACCCUCGAGACCCCCCGUUUACAGACACAGUGCAACCGCUUUUGUUUCAACCCAGCCAUAAAAAGAAGGUUGGGAAUUAUAUUUAUUAAUCAAAAUGUAUC